UGCCGAAUCGGACCGAGCGGAGCCGAGUUCGCCGCAAGCAUGGAGGACUCCGCAGCGGCCCCGGCUUUGCGGCGCUUCACCUGGGAGGAGAUCGGGGAGCGGAACGGCCGCGGGCAGGCGCCGCAGGAGCGAUGGCUGGUGAUCGAGAGGAAGGUGUACGACAUCAGCCGCUUCUGCCGGAGGCACCCGGGGGGCUCCCGGGUCAUCAGCCAUUACGCCGGGCAGGACGCCACGGAUCCUUUCACAGCGUUUCAUCUUGACAAGGCACUAGUACGAAAGUAUAUGCACCCACUCUUGAUUGGGGAACUGGCACCAGAUCAACCCAGCUUUGAGCCCAGCAAGAAUAAACAGCUGGUAGAAGAUUUCCGUGAACUCCGUGCGACUGUUGAGAAGAUGGGGCUUCUCAAACCCAACCACAUGUUUUUCAUCCUGUAUCUCUGCCACAUCUUGGCAUUGGAUGUUGCAGCCUGGCUCACCAUCUGGUAUUUUGGAGCAUCUACAGUGCCUUUCCUCUUCUCUGCAGUGCUUCUAGGCACUGUCCAGGCCCAGGCUGGCUGGCUGCAGCAUGAUUUUGGACACCUUUCAGUCUUUAGCAAGUCCAGAUGGAAUCACUGGGUGCACAAGUUUGUGAUCGGCCAUCUGAAGGGAGCACCAGCCAGCUGGUGGAACCAUCUCCACUUCCAACACCACGCUAAACCCAACUGCUUCCGAAAGGACCCUGAUGUUAACAUGCACCCCUUAUUUUUUGCUUUGGGAAAAACACUCUCUGUAGAGCUUGGUGUACAAAAGAAGAAAUUCAUGCCUUAUAACCACCAGCACAAGUACUUCUUCAUCAUUGGUCCCCCAGCUCUGGUGCCUCUCUAUUUCCAGUGGUACAUAUUCUACUUUGUGGUGCAGCGGAAACAGUGGGUGGACCUGGCCUGGAUGCUGACUUUCUACAUCCGAUUCUUUCUCACCUACUUUCCCUUGCUGGGGGUGAAGGGUAUCCUGGGGCUUCAUCUGUUAGUCAGGUUUAUAGAGAGCAACUGGUUUGUCUGGAUUACACAAAUGAAUCACAUCCCGAUGCACAUCGAUUAUGAUAAGAAUGUGGACUGGUUCUCUACCCAGCUCCAGGCAACCUGCAAUGUUCAUCAGUCCCUAUUCAACGACUGGUUUAGCGGACAUCUGAACUUCCAAAUCGAGCACCACCUUUUUCCAACAAUGCCUCGACACAACUACUGGAAGGUGGCUCCUCUGGUGAAGUCCCUGUGUGCCAAACAUGGUAUUGAAUACAAGUGCAAGCCAUUGCUCACCGCCUUUGCAGACAUAGUAUACUCUUUGAAAGAUUCAGGGGAGCUCUGGCUUGAUGCCUAUCUACAUAAAUAAGAAGCAGUGUAUCCCUGCAGAGGAAUUCCCCUGCCCUGUUGCUUCCUGUGGUGGUCACCAUGAAGAUACUGAACAGAGGAGAGAGAACUGGCUAAGCCAGAUGUGGGGAGGUGGCGCUGCUUAAUUCCAUUGAUGAAUGUGAUUAAUAUGAUUUUUUAAAAUAUGUGGUUUUAAUUCUUCUUGUGCUUCUUUCAUUCCACUUCUCUGGUGCUGAAUUAGGGGGGAAAAGCUGAAUGGAGGAGGUUAUGUUCCACCAAGCUGGAGGCAGUUUUGGGACUGGGAACAGAUUCCUUUUGGUUUGCUGAUACUUCAUUUGCUGAGUGUAUAGGAGGGGUGUUUCUUAUCUAACAUAGGCUUUUGUGAGGUGGUUCUCAUUAUGAAUGUAGUGGGAAAGUUGAGACAGGAUAAAAUCAAAGAACAUGGGAGUUGGUGAAGUGUGGAAGCCAUAAGGAAUUGGGUAGGUACAGUAUUUUCAGAUACCUGGAUGUAAUUUAAUGAUGACAAUAGAAGCGCCGAAACCAAGGGGCAGUGGGGAGCAUGUGAGAGGCCAAACCAAUUUGUAUGUGUAUGGGUGAGGAGGAAAAGGUGCAGGCAGCAGUUCUUUAGGAAUAAGCAUGAGGAAAAAGAGCUAAUUAGAGCCCAAAUUGAGGUAGAGAAAUGGAAAAGUGGAGGUUAUUCCACAGGCAUGUUGAUGUGCGAGCUCAGCAUGCCACAUCCUGUGGGAAUGUUGCCCUCUGCAUCUCUUCUGUGGUGAAAGCCUCUGGGUUAUUUGCCCAUUUCUGACCUCUCAUGGUGUCUUUGCAAAUGGUUUCCACAGUGCCAUACUUCUGACUGGUAUUGAACCCUUUACUGGAAGUCAGAACAUACAGAAAUAUGGCAUGUCCCUACAAGGGUGACUGAGGAAGAGAAGGGGUAAUCGGUGUGUGGUCAUCUGAAGCUUCACUCUUUUGAACCUCUGAACUGAUGAGUGAUUUAAAUGGAGAGAACUCGUGACUUCUGGCCCAUGGAACAUGACGUGUUCCUAUGCACUGCAGGCAAAUUUAAUGAAGUUGUGGAAGUGUUGGGGCUUGGGGUACUGUUUAAAUGUGUUUUUCAGUCACAGAAGUCAGUGGGCUGCAUACCCAUAGGCACACAAUAAGCCAAUACAUGGCUGGUGUUUCUCUUUUGGAUGAUGUGCCAUCAAAACCCUGGCAGUGUUCCAGACCCGGCUGGACGGAGCCUUGGGUGGCAUGGUUUAGUGUGUAGUGUCCCUGCCUAUGGCAGGGGGUUGGAACUGGAUGAUCUUAAGGUCCUUUCCAACCCUAACUAUUCUAUGAUUCUGAAACACACCCCAAGAGGGAAUGUGCUGUGUGAUUUACUGGAAUGUGAAUUAGCUUUACUGCAUUUCCUGGUGUCUUCUCCUUUACUACACCCACGUUAGAGAUGCCAACCCAGGAUAUAGCACUAGUGAAAACAGUUCCAUCACCCUGUUGCCUCAGUAAUAGGUGGCUUAGACUCCAGAAGGGGUGGGUUGAUUUUGACAAAGAUAUGGUACCUUUUUCUGAUUGUCAUGGUUUCAACAUCUAAAAAGAGGAUGGCUUGUGAGGGAAUGGAAGAAAUGCAUUUUCCCAGGCCAACAGUGUUAAGCACAGAAUAAAAUUGUACCAGAAAUAGUAAAAUAAUCAUUAAAUCAUUGAUAACUGUUGAUAAAAACCAUAAUGAAAGUGGGCCUUAGUUACUGUUUUACCUUGGUUUUUUCCUGCUCUGUUUCUUUCCCACUUACUAUUAGAACUGUUGAUGGAGGAAACAUCUAAUAAUAAAAUUCAUUAUCUUACCAA